AUGACUGACUGGAAUCAAAUUUAUGCGGCGGCCUUUGUAGGCAUUCUAGGGGGGCUCGUUUCUGUCCACCUCAAGACCUCCAAGUGCAAGCCCUCUGCAGCAGUCAAGGGCAGGUCGGACACGAUUCUCUUCGCAGUCAACACUGAAUAUGGUCUCUCUAACGUCCAUCUCGCGACGAUAUUCUCACUGCUAAAGAACCACCCCAACCUCAGGAUCCACAUCGCUUCAUUCCCGAGUUUCGCCUCCAAGGUCGAUCGCAUUCGGACAUAUGCAGGCAGACAGAACUCCUCGUCGAGCGAUGUGGUUUUCCAUGAGCUACCUGGCCCUGAGUUCGGUCCUGCGACGAUGAUGCCAUCUGAGAUGAUCAUUAGGCCGCCUGGCAUCCGUAGCAUCGACACUGUGACGAAAGCAGUGCAGGUGUACCUGGCGCCCUGGACAGGAGAGGAUCAUUUACGAAUGCACAACUUUGUGAGGGACCUCAUCCGGGACCUGGAUCCCGGUGUCGUUGUUCUUGAUAUCUUCCUGAGGCCCGCAAUGGAUGCAGCCAGGAGCGAGCGGAGGCUGCAUGCUGUUCUCGCGCCGAAUGUGCUCGCAGACAUAUUUGGAUCAACACAACCGUGGUUGAGUGGCCUUUGGAAGUUCCCAGCGUAG